AUGUCGCUGAUUCGCCGUGGAAGCGCAUUCGACCCCUUCUCCCUCGACCUCUGGGACCCCUUCCAGGGCUUUCCCUUUGGCUCUGGAAGCAGCAGCCUCUUCCCCUCGUUCGGAGGCACCAACUCGGAGACGGCCGCCUUCGCCGGUGCCCGCAUCGACUGGAAGGAGACACCGGAGGCGCACGUGUUCAAGGCCGACGUGCCGGGGCUGAAGAAGGAGGAGGUGAAGGUGGAGGUCGAGGACGGCAACGUGCUCCAGAUCAGCGGUGAGCGCAACAAGGAGCAGGAGGAGAAGACGGACACCUGGCACCGCGUGGAGCGCAGCAGCGGCAAGUUCCUGCGCAGGUUCCGGCUGCCGGAGAACGCCAAGACGGAGCAAAUCAGUGCGUCCAUGGAGAACGGCGUGCUCACCGUCACCGUGCCUAAGGAGGAGGCCAAGAAGCCCGACGUCAAGUCUAUCCAGAUUUCCGGCUAG